AUGGCUCCUGCAGACGGUAUGGUUCCUGCAGACGGUAUGGUUCCUGCAGACGGUAUGGUUCCUGCAGACGGUAUGGUUCCUGCAGACGGUAUGAUUCCUGCAGACGGUAUGGUUCCUGCAGAUGGUAUGGUUCCUGCAGAUGGUUUGGUUCCUGCAGACGACGGUAUGGUUCCUGCAGACAGUAUGGUUCCUGCAGACGGUAUGGAUCCUGCAAACGGUAAGGUUCCUGCAGACGGUAAGGUUCCUGCAGAUGGUAUGGUUCCUGCAGACAGUAUGUUUCCUGCAGACGGUAUGGUUCCUGCAGACAGUAUGGUUCCUGCAGACGGUAUGGUUCCUGCAAACGGUAAGGUUCCUGCAGACGGUAAGGUUCCUGCAGACAGUAUGUUUCCUGCAGACGGUAUGGUUCCUGCAGACAGUAUUGUUCCUGCAGACGGUAUGGUUCCUGCAGACGGUAUGGUUCCUGCAGAGAGUAUGGUUCCUUCAGACGACCCGAACUCUCUUGACCCAGACCCAGCCGAACCGGGCCCAGUAAACCCAGACCCAGCAGACCCGAACUCUCUUGACCCAGACCCAACCGAACCGGGCUCAGUUGACCCUGAUCCAGCAGACCCGAACUCCCUUGACCCAGCAGAACCCGGUCCAAUAGACCCUGACCCAGCACACCCAGUAGACCCUAAGCUCACGUAG